GAGCCUGCCCCGCUGGCGUCUCCGCCCGGCCGCGCUGCGGAGCGAGCGGGCUCCUCCCUGCCCGGCUGCCUCCCGCAGCCCAUGAUGUGCCUGGAGAGCGGCGGCUCCGCGGCCGGCAGCCCGGGCUGCAGCGGGCGGCUCCGCGCGGGGGACGAGGAGGAGGAGGAGGAGGGCGAGCGGGGCUGCUGCGGCCGGAGCGCCGAGGGCGAGGUGCAGACCCUGUCGGGCAGCAUGAACCCCCCGCCCGCGGGCAAGAGCCCCGAGCGCCUGGCCCCCCGCCACAAGCCGCCCAGCCUGGGCAGGGCCCGGGUAGCGGCCGCCGGCAUCCUCAGCGUGGGCAACGUGCUCAACUACCUGGAUAGGUACACGGUGGCAGGUGUAUUGCUAGACAUCCAGCAGCAUUUUGGAGUUAAAGACAGUGGGGCUGGCUUGCUACAGACAGUUUUCAUCUGUAGUUUCAUGGUGGCAGCACCUAUAUUUGGUUACCUUGGUGACCGCUUCAAUAGGAAGAUCAUUCUCAGCUGCGGGAUCUUUUUCUGGUCAGCUAUCACCUUUUCAAGCUCCUUCAUCACUGAGCAGUAUUUCUGGCUCCUCGUCCUCUCACGAGGUUUGGUUGGCAUCGGUGAAGCCAGUUAUUCCACCAUCGCUCCCACCAUCAUAGGAGACCUUUUCACCAAAAACACCAGAACCCUGAUGCUGUCUGUCUUCUACUUUGCAAUCCCUCUUGGCAGUGGUUUGGGAUACAUCACUGGAUCAAGCGUGAAGCAAGUAGCAGGAGACUGGCAUUGGGCGUUGCGGGUAUCUCCACUCCUAGGCAUGAUAACAGGGACACUCAUCUUGAUAUUUGUACCUGCUGCUAAAAGAGGCAAUGUGGAACAGCUGGGGGGACAGCUGAAGGCUCGGACCUCGUGGCUAAGAGACAUGAAGGCACUGAUCAGAAACCGCAGCUACGUGUUCUCGUCGCUGGCCACCUCAGCUGUCUCCUUUGCCACAGGGGCGCUGGGCAUGUGGAUCCCCCUCUACCUUCACAGGGCACAAGUUGUGCAGAAAACUGUCGAGACCUGCAGUUCGGAGCCCUGCAGCACCAAGGACAGUUUGAUCUUCGGAGCAAUCACGUGCUUCACUGGUUUUCUGGGCGUGAUCACAGGGGCUGGGGCAACCAAAUGGUGCCGGUUAAAAACCCAGCGAGCUGACCCCCUGGUCUGUGCCGUCGGCAUGUUAGGGUCGGCCAUCUUCAUCUGUCUGAUCUUCGUUGCUGCCAAGAGCAGCAUUGUGGGAGCCUAUAUUUGCAUUUUUAUCGGAGAAACUCUUCUGUUUUCAAACUGGGCAAUCACAGCUGACAUACUAAUGUAUGUGGUUAUCCCGACACGACGCGCGACUGCAGUGGCCUUGCAGAGCUUCACUUCGCACCUACUGGGAGAUGCUGGCAGCCCCUACCUGAUUGGAUUCAUCUCAGACCUGAUACAACAAAGCACAAAGGAGUCCCCACUCUGGGAGUUCCUCAGCCUGGGCUACGCGCUCAUGCUCUGCCCGUUUGUCGUCGUCCUCGGAGGGAUGUUUUUCCUGGCCACGGCCCUCUUCUUUCUAAAUGACCGCACCAAAGCUGAACAACAGGUGAAUCAACUGAUGAUGCCACCAGCCUCUGUGAAAGUCUGAGACGUUGACAUUAUGGAUGAUGAAGGAAACGCUGUGUGGACUCCAGCUCCCACAACCACCACUCCAACCACCUGCUAGGAAACCCCAGUACUGGACAUAAGCAAAAGUUCCAGCUCCGGGAUGCAUUUGGAGUCUUAUCGAGUGCUAAUGAAUCACUUCACUCUAACCAGCUGCAGGCUCAGGGUCAAAGAAAUGAAUGGGGAUGGCCUAGAUCUCAGGGCUCCUAAGCCUAAGAAUAUUGUAGGGUUUCCCCACAUUGCUGAGUGUCCGAAGAGCCCACAACCACACUACCCCUGUGCGUGACUGUACAUUGUGCAUACAGUUUUAGGUUUAGCCAGUGAAGAAGUCUACGUUGCAUACAGGGCAACUUCUGUCCUAUUAAAUGCUGCCAGUUCUGUCAGCCAGAGACUAUGUUAGCUGGGGACCUGUUCUGUACAUCACAGCUUUACAAAUUGAAGGCUCAACCCAGAUUUCUUUAAUUAUUAUUUAAACAAGUCAGAGGAUGCUUUAUCUUCAUAAAAGACAUAAAAUAGAGAUUUGAUAGAGUUGUAUUUAAACUUUGAGCAUCUCGAAAGGCCCAUGUACCUGUAUUGGAUGCGAAAGCUUCCACGGUGUUGCCGCAUCAAUCCCCAAGAGGGCUCCAAGGGACCAUUCAGAAAGUAUGGCACAGACCUUCAAGCGACGGCAUCCUGCUUAAGGGAGUACCGGAGGAGGAGAAAUCUGUCCCUGCACAAGGUGUUCUUUGGGAUUGUUACAGAAGAGCCAGGAAAACCACGGUCAGUGAUAUCUGGUGGCUUCCAGUUUUGUUUAACACACAGUUUCAGUUCCAGGUAGAAGGAGGUUUACAGAAUACCAAAAUCCAGAGAUUAAUUGCUUUAUGUGGAGUCUGGUAUUGCUGCCCUGAUGUGCCAGUGAUGGUCUGUCUUUGUUUACGUGCAUAUAAUGUUCACCAUUAGGCAUGUUGCAAAUACCAAUAAUUUUUUCCAGUAUUUUCAGGCACAUUUAUGAUGUUAUAAAGCUUUGUUUCUGCCCAGCAACUGCAUUUAUAGAAGGAUUUUUAGAUUCAAUGCACACCCCAUUUCCCCUCCCCACCGUCCUACUGUUCUGCUUUGCUCCCUCCUACGCGAGUGACUAUAUUACUUAAGUUCAAUUUGAUCUUUACAGAAAUGCAACUGGGAUUUUCUUUUUAAUACACUAGUCUACUGGUCUAAACUGAGUUAGUAAGAAGUGAGUCUCUCUUAGCUGAUUUUGUUUCUAAUCAGUCAGAUUAUUUUUGUUUAACCAAGGGCUCUUGUUUCUUGCAGUCGACAUUCAAGUAUAAAAUUUAUAGUAUGCCAGCAUGGAACGUAUUAGAACUGUGAGAGCAAUGAAGUGCUAACAGCACCAGAAAAAUAUCAGAUUGCCAAAUCACCUCCUUUUUCUGUUUGGGGAAAAAACUGUUAAGGCUCAUAUUUUUAUCUAAAUUUACCUACAUAUCACUGUAAAAUGUACGUAGGCCUCAACCCUUUUCAACCAGCCCAGCAGAACGCUCUUCCUUUCAAACUCUGGCCAGGGCUGGAUUGGAAACAAUACUAAAUUAGCAAAGGCAUUACCCAACCCUGGGAUGCUUUUAAUAAUCUCAAAAACACUGAUUAGUUUAGCUAGUUAAUCAGUGGCUCUAAUGACAGCAUAAUGUCUCCAUCCUUUCAAGCAGCACUGCAAUGACUGCAUAUAUGACACCUGCAUUAAGUAAUCAGAGUCCACCCCAAUUUAAAAUGCUUCAGGUCUUUUCACUUCCACACUCUACAUUGAAGGAAGGCAGCUGUGCUCUGCAGUGAAAAACACAAGAGAGGGCAGAUACUUUCAGUUACCAGCAGCCUGGUCAAAACCAGCCACAUUAACAAUAUUUCUUUUAAAAACCAGAUUGACCAGAACUAUCUGUUAAUAAUCCCCUUGGAAUUAAUGAGACCAGCUCUUAACUGUAGUUGGGGUUAGGAGGUGGUUUAUCUGGGAUAACCUAUCAAAGGAAUGAGAGCAAUACAAGCCCUUCAUGCUGGCUAACAGUAAUGCCAGAGAAACUAGCAUUGCCUGGGUUACCUUAAAUGGAUAGGUUAGUGACCCUACGCGUGUGCUAGAACAAAUCUCACGAGACGUUGUUUUAAUUUCUUCUAAACUAUGGAAGUGCCCUAUAGAAUUCUCUAGCAAAACCUAUUUGUUUCCUCCCUAGGAAUUCUAUAGGCUGCAUCUGCAAAGGCUGCUUUUCACUAAAAUACUCUUUAAAAAAACAAAACAAAACACCAUUUAAGUAUUUCUUAUAGGCUGAGCAAACAAUUGGAGACAGAAGUCCCACUCCUGACCCAUCCCCAGGAGAGCAGCGAAUGCACUUGUGCGCCACUAAAAUAAUAACCAAAGCAAGUUCAAAACAAUGCUUCAUUUCCCAUCUUGUACUGUUAUUAAUAUUGCUCGGGGAAAAUGUCAACUCUGCAGUCUGGCAGCCAAAGGCCUGAGUUAGAAGCACAUGAAUUUUUUGUGCUUCUCAUUAAGAUGUUCUCCGUUAAUUUAUGUAAAACAUAAACAACAAUUAGUCACUUGAUCUCAGAGGCCAAGGGAAAAUUAGCUGAAUUUCUUGAAUUAUUAUUUCAAGUGCUUUGUCUUAAAAGUUACAGCACUUAUCCUCAAGAGCAGGACUUCGGUGUUUACUGAGAUUUUAUUCCUAUCAAUUUUCAAUGGAAAGAGAGCCAAUAAAUACACCUUAAUCUCCUUGGUAGGAAGGGCUGACCUCACUUCCUAUGAAACAAGACCCAAUUCAGCCUCGGUGUAAGCAAAUGGAGAAUUAGUCCCAGUCCCCCACACACCAAUGGUCCUUCACUGAUUGAAUUCUUCUCCAUUUGGAGGAGGAGAGACCUGGCACCAAGGAGGUAGAGUAGCGAGCCAUGAGAACUAAGGGAGGGGAAGGAGCAGGGAAUUUGGAACCCCCAUCCUGAGGCUGCCACUUCCCCGUUACAGACCAUGAUCCAUGUUCAGCCACCUGAAGAGAUGAAGGUAUUUUUUGAAUUGUAGCUACAUAUUUCUAUUCCGGGACGGAAUUUUUCAAGCGUUGUUCUAUUAGAGCUUCUAUUAAAUAUUUAUUCUCUUAGAAAGAAACCAGAUAAUUGGGAUAAAGGGGGCAAGGCAAUAACAAAGCUCUAAGUCAAGUCAAGCUGUCCAACCACUCUCAGAAGAGAGGUUUGAAAAACACUAAAGAGGAGGCGGCCGGGUACAACCUACCUUCUGCUGUAACAUUCUGGGUGUCUGCUAGUACCCGCUCCCUCGUGAGGCUGCAUAUUCCUGUCGACAGGAAAAGUGGGGGUCCAGGCCCAGCUCUGCUACUUGGACUGCAGGCAAGUCACUACCUCUCUGCUUGCUUGUUCAGCUGUAAAAUGGAGAGACUGGACUUAUGAGGCACUGUAUCAAUGAAGUAUGCUCUUCCCUACUCUCUCUCAAACAUCCAAUUCCAGUAUUCUGGUGUAGUGUGCCACUGAUGUUACUCUGCAGUACUAGACUUAUCCUCUCCCACCCGCAGAGUUUACUAGGGCAGGGUCUCUAGUUGUUAGUUUUGACAAAGCGAUUAUAAGUUUUCCCCACAGAAGUGCUUCAGGAAAAGUCAUAGAAAGAGAGAAUGUGGUGAAUGGCAUUUUGCACCACAAUCCAGAUUAAUGGGAUCUUGUCACUUAACAGCUAGAACUGUGGGCUUAUUAUUUAACACACACAGCAAAAGUUUAGCGUUGCCUUGUGUGUAUCUGCAGUUGCUGGUGUAAUGGGGAGAGGGAGGAUAUGAAGAUAGAAUUAGAGUGAAGCUGGUGGAAGGAGAGACCCUUUCAUUUCUGUACAGAGAACUAGCUCAAUGUACCAGUCUCUGAAAUCUGCGCCAGCUCUGCAGACAGGUGGGAUUUGAUGAAAUCAUUUCCAGAGUGAAGAGAAAGCUUUAGCAUAAGUAACUUAGCUCUACAAUCCUCCAUUUUGUCGCUUAUCAACUCCACUUGAAAACACACCCCGGUGUAAUUGUUAGAGGGGCCACACUUAAAGAUCUGCCUUAAGGGACUUCAUAUAUUAGCAAGGCUUGGGUUGAUUAUUUGUAAGCAAAAUAGGGUUCAGUGCAUUAGACUUAAGUCUUUAAUUUAAAUGGUUCCUGGGAGCAUCUGUAAAGCCACUGUCCUCUUACUCUCCCCGCCCCCCCAAAACAAACUGCAUUGUUAACUAGGACAUAGUCUAGUAAACCCUCCUGUCCCACCUUAGAGAAGGGAAAACAAUCAGAAUGGGAGGGGGGGGGGUCGGAGGCCUGGCUAACUCUCUCCCUCCUUCCUGUAUGCACACAGCACCUGAGGGGAGGUGGUCAAUGCUACUGGCAAGCAUACACUGUACCUUUUGUCCAGGUGUAGCCUGCUGCAAGAUCCCUGCUCCCUUAGUGCAAUCGUCUGUGGUUACCCUGGCAUAUUAAGUGUAAGGGCGCUCUGCGUGAAUGGGUGGGGUCGAGUUAACAGAGCUGGGGAGGCUGCAGGGUGCCUUCAGCAAAACCAGAUGGUUACAGCAGAUUGCAAGAGCUUCCUUAUACUUCACUUCAUCUUAAAAGCGUUUUACCUUGUGCCAGUGCCACCUCCAUGGGAGCUUUUGCACAGCAGGAGGCAGAAGUGAGGGCAGUGGGGACAAGGCAGCAACUAGACACUUGUUAACACUGCAACCACACCAAAUCAGUAUUCACAUCCUGUAGCCUUUACUCACAGAGCUGGGUUUGGUAAAAGCUACAGGACUGCUUACCUGCGUGAAGCUUGAAGUACUGGGCCAGCAUCCUCAGUCGAACCUCAGGGUGAGACAAACGAGUGAUGGAGACAUAAAUAAACUCUAGGUAGACUGGAACACUAAGCUUGUCUCACUUUCCCCCACACCCUAGUUAUUUGGUUUCUUCUCUAUUUGCUUUAUUGUUUUGUAAACCAGCACUUGCAAUCACUUCUACUAUGUGAUGUAUGGGAGUAUAUCAUAGGUUUUCUUGUUAUACAAGGCAGGAGUAUAAAAUAAUUUUCUGAUUUCUUUCAGAAGCAAAUGGCUAUUUUAUUUUUUAAGAGCAACCGAUUGUCAAUCUCAGAGUAUAAAGAGAAAUAAAGCCAAAUCUAUACCUUUAUGUAAAUUAAGAAAUAAAAGUAUUUAAAACAUA